AUGCCCACCAUCUUGAUCUCUGGGUCAGCCUCCGGUCUAGGUCGUGCGUUCCUGGAUGCCUACUCGCAUCAAGAGAGCAACACUGUCAUAGCCAUUGACAGGGAACAAAUUCAUCUCUCCGCAUACCAGAAUCGUGCAGCCACUAUAACAUCAUAUAUUGUUGAUGUGACCGACGAGAAGUCCAUCAACGACCUUGCCAAUGCACUGAAAGGCACUCCAAUUGAUCUCUUCGUUCAUUCGGUGGGUAUCCGUGGUUUGGUUCCUGCUGUGGAAAAUGCUCGUCCUGAUUCUGUUGCUGCCGCUGAAACCCUGGACGUCAUGGACUUGUCAACUCUCAUGCACACCUUUCAAGUAAAUGCUGCUGGUACUUUUCUUCUCAUUCGAUCUCUUCUACCAAAUCUCAGACGAGCAAAUGCUGCAAAAGUUGUCGUCAUGUCGUCAAGAAUGGGAAGUCUUGGAUACAAUACGACAGGUUCUGCUUAUGCAUACCGUGCGAGCAAGGCUGCCCUCAACGCCAUGGUCAAAAGCUUCAGCAUUGAUGUUUCUGACGUUAUAUUUGUACUCUGCCACCCAGGACGCGUAGAGUCAAGACUAGUCAAGUACAAAGAAGAGGGUGCCAUAAGUGCAGAAGAGAGUGUUUCGGGGCUGCUCCCGCUCGUGCAGGCCUGGAACAAAAAUGACAGUGGUCAAUUCUACGACAGAUUUGGGCAAACCAUAGUGUGGUAG